CUUUCUCUUUGCGAUCCCCGCGGGCCGCUGUCCAGAGGAGCAGGUCUCUGCCAAGCAAGGGCACAGAUAGGAGCGAAGGUGGGCAGGAGCCUUCUGGGCUUGAUCGCCUAGAGCCCUCCCAUUCCGGGAGCUGAAGCAGGAAGAAGGUGGGGCCUGCAUUCACAAGACCCGGGAGGUCACUCGCACUUCUGGGGUCUCCCAAAGCCAAGGCCUGUAUACAGGAAAUGCAACCCCAGCGCCUGGGGCCCAGAGCUGAGAUGGAACCAGUCUGCCUGGGAUACAGCCAUCGCAUACCCUAUUCACCGAUCAGAAACCCAAAGAAACCGAUGAAGAAGUUAUCUCAAGAAACAUUCUGGUUCCAUUUUGAGAACCUACAGCAUGCCCAGGGCCGAAAUAAUACCUUCUUGUGCUAUGAAGUGAACAGAAAGGACUGUGAUUCACCUGUCUCCCUUUUCCAAGGGGUCUUUAAGGAAGAGGAAGACAAACACGCUGAAAUCUGCUUUUUACACUGGUUCCGUGACCAAGUACUGACAGAGCUGCCCCCGGGGGAAGAGUUGAAGGUCACCUGGUAUAUAUCCUGGAGCCCCUGUGUCGAUUGUACUGAGGAGGUGGCCAGAUUCCUGGCCACACACCACAACCUGAGCCUGGCCAUCUUCUGCUCCCGCAUCUACUACCCAAAGAAGCAGAACUACCAGCAGAAGCUUCGCAGGCUUGUUCUGGAAGGAGCCCAGGUGGCUGUCAUGGACCUACCAGAAUUUAAAAAGUGUUGGAACAAGUUUGUGUACAAUGACGGCCAGCCAUUCAGGCCUUGGGAGAGCCUGCGUAAAAAUUUUAGGUUCCAGGAUUCCAAUCUUCAGGAGAUUCUCAGUCUGCUAAGAGGAGAGGUGUUUUCCCUGCAGUUUAACAACAGCCACUGGGUCCAGCCAAUCCAGCAUCCUUCAGGCCAGCUUCACUACUACCGCAGGAAGUCCUAUCUAUGCUACCAGCUGGAGCAGUCCAAUGGCCAAGAAUCACUCAAAGGCUGCCUGCUAAGCAAGAAAGGUAAACCGCAUGCGGAAAUCCUCUUCCUUGAUAAGAUGUGGUCCAUGGAGGAGCUUAGCCAAGUGAGAAUCACCUGCUACCUCACCUGGAGCCCCUGCCCGAACUGUGCCCGGCAACUGGCUGCAUUCAAAAAGGAUCACCCAGGCCUAAUUCUGCGUAUCUAUACCUCCCGCCUGUAUUUCUACUGGAGGAGGAAGUUCCAGAAGGGGCUGUGUUCUCUGUGGCGAUCAGGGAUCCAAGUGGACGUCAUGGAUCUCCCACAGUUUACUGACUGCUGGACAAACUUUGUGACCCCGCAAAGGCCAUUUAUGCCAUGGAAUAAACUGGAGAAAAACAGCUGUCGCAUAAAAAAGCGGCUCCGGAAGAUCAAGGAGUCCUGGGGCCUGCAAGAUUUGGUGAAUGACUUUGAAAAUUUACAUCUUGGACCUCCGUUGUCUUGAACAGCAAGAAGAGAUUCAAGAAGGUUUUUUGGUGACCACCGCCCAGCCCCAAGCCUAGGAGACCCUUUGCUCUCCUAUUUCGUUUUCCCCUUUUUUUUUUUUUUUUUUUUUGUUGUUGUUGUUGUUGUGUUUGCUUUGUUUUGAAGACAGGGUCUCACGGGUAGCUUGCUCCUCUAGAACUAGACCAAGCUGGCCUUAAACUCUAAAAUCCACCUACCAAUACCUUCUGAGAGCUGGGUUUAAGGUAUGCGCCGCCCGUUCCCAGCCCUGAGCCACUGUUCUGGAGCCGUGGGCCACCAUUCCAGGCCUUUUCUUCCUCUUUCUUUUAUAUCUUUUUACCUUUUUUUUUUUUUUCCAUCAAUAGGUGCUUAAUUUUGUACUUGAAAAUUUUAAGUUGGGCCAGGCAUGGUGGAGCAACAUGAGGCAGGAGGAUCUCCAUGAGUUCAAGGCCAGCCUGAUCUACAUAGGUUCCAGGACAGCCAGAACUACACAGAGAGACCCUGUCUCAAAAAUAAAUAAAUAAAUAAAUAAAUAAAUAAAUAAAUAAAUGGAAGAAGUAAAAGAAAGAAAGACAAGAUUAAGUUGUGCAUGAUGGGUCGUGUGUGUCUGAGGCAGGAGGAUUGCCACACAUUUGAGGUCAUCCUGGGCUAUACAAUGAGAUCCUGUCUCAAAACAAAACACCAAAAAGAACAGUUUAAAAAUCUAAUAACCUGAGCUCUUUUCUAAUAAAGUGGACAACCAGGCCCCCUCACGCAUCAGAGUGUGCAUGACAAGGAAGAGAGCUGGCGAGAUGCCUCACGGGAGAGCGAGAUGGCUCGCGGGAGAGCGAGAUGCCUCACGGGAGAGCGAGAUGGCUGCCCAUGAAGAUUAGAGUUGAGAUCCCAGCACCCACCUCCUGCAGCUCACAAUUGCUGAGUCUAGCUGCAGGAUACCUUGUGCCCUCUCCUGGACUCUGUGGC